ACUGUGGCCAUGGCACGGAAUAGAAAUGUCGAGAACCCUGUUCGGUCCGCGACGCUGCGUAAAUGGUACGCUAGGGCCUGGUGGGUGGGCGUGCACGUGUACGGCUAUGUGGUCCUGGGUGUCAAGGGCGCUUUGAGUCCGCAAGCGCUGCCAACCGGUCAGUUCGUGGUGUAUUUGGUCGUGGCAGUUGCAGCCAUUUCGUGCUACGUGGUGCUGCAGUGCUCGUCGCCCGGACAGCUCGACAAGAGACCAAUGCUGGCACCGGUUCAAACUACAACACCUACAGAACUUGGUAGUUCACCACGAAUGGCAACGGAAGAUGAUGACGACACGGAAUUGCUAGGCGAUGGAGAGGAGAACGAACAUCAGGGGAGCAGCACUGAUCUGCACUUCUGCAACGAGUGUCACGUGUUCCAACCACUAAGGACGAAACACUGUAAGGAUUGCGCUCGGUGUACGCGACAAUACGACCACCAUUGCGACUGCGUUGGGACUUGCGUGGGCGAGAACAACCGUCGGUUGUUCGUGUUGUACUUGUUCCUGCAGAUUCUGGAAGGUGCGGCGAUGAUCGAUGUGACAUCAGAGGCUUUCACGGAGCAAGACGACGUCAACGACUGGUUCAAGGCCAACGCGUUGUUCAUUGUGCUGUGGUUCAUGCUCAUGUGCGUGCUCCUCAUCGUCGUACCUCUCUUCUGCUACCAGGCAUACCUCAUCUCGACGAACCAGGUGCGUACAUACCCUGGAUUCCCGCGAUUGUAACACCCAUGCCAAACAUGCACUAAAGGUGAUGAUGUUUGCACCAACGAAAGCUAACACUAUCGGUGUUUUGACAGACCUCAUGGGAACAUGCCCGCCGCUCAUCCAUCACCUACUUGCAAAAUUUGCCGGACAAACGCUCUCCAUUCGACCGCGGCGUUCUACAAAACUGGUGGGUCUUCCUCUCCAAUGGUGACAGCAACAAAUGGGUUCAUCAAAGUGUAGCCAAGCCGAUUACGUCGCACCCAGAUGACUCUUCCUCGCUCGUAUAGCAAAUAAUAUACAAUUUUGACUAAAUCACAGACUAAAUCACAUUUACAU